CGCGCCCACAAAAAUAGCUCUGUACUGGAAUUACUUCUCUUUCUGUUUAUUAUCGGUACAUCAACGAYAGAGCUCCCGUAGAACGAACACUUCUAAGAUUUCCCCAGGCACAUUCGGUAAUGAAUGACGACGAUCAUCAGGAAGAAGGCUCGGGAGAAGCSGAUGACGGUUCGGAAGUCGAUGCUGACGAUACCGCUGAUGAAGAAGACCAAGGCGACGAAGCUACAGGUGGUGGAGACAUCGGAAAUGCCUCUGGAUCUGUUCUACCGAUACAGGCCGUCUCAAACUUGGAUACUUUGUAUGGACUGCGAGAAAUAGGGAAGGAGGCUCUUUGUUGGCAGCUUAGCUCGGCGAAGCCAGGGAAUGGUGUCGAACAAAUAAGGGACCAAAGCACCGAUACGUACUGGCAAAGUGACGGCGUCUCRCAACCGCACCUUAUCCAAGUUCAUUUUGCUCGAAGAGUCGCCAUAUCACACAUAUGCUUGUACCUCGAUUUCAACUUAGGUGCGUUUCCAAUGGGAAACACGAUUUUCUAGGUUAUUGUAGGUUGUUUCGAAACUCACUAUUUAUUUUAUUGUGGCAUAAAAAUGGAAUUACGUACGUGAAAAAUCUUGGAUGACGUUAGAUGAGUAAGUUUGCUUCACUCGAUGGUCGCACAUUCAUUUUAUCAUCCGGCCAUUAUUUCUUGCUUAACUCUUUUCCUCGAAUCUCUCCAAGAACAGAAGUUACACGCCGAAAAAUAUAUCAGUACAGGUAGGAAUGACGACACAAGACCUGGUCCCUGCCAUAUAUGCAGCAUCCGUUGUGGAGCUGAACGAACCCGUUGGAUGGUGUAUAAUUCCUUUGACGUCCCCUCCCGAUCCAUUAGAUGACAUAGCAGAAGAUGUGACAGAAUCUGGGGCACCACCUAGGUCAAAACGAAUCGUKCGAACUCACCUUGUUCAAAUCGAGAUUUGUUCGAUGCAUCAAAAUGGUCGAGACACCCACGUGAGACAAGGUAAGCAURAUGAAUCGUGUUUUUCUCUAGUUCUUGAGCUUUUCUUCUUUAUCUUGGUAAUGGAUUGGGAUGGACAGGAUAAACUUUUAGAGAUGGUAUAUUUUCUCAAUCGCUAACCAACUGCUCUGGUUCCCUAAUGGUUCUGUUUUCGUGGAAAAAAUGUUAYUUUGUCUCGAUAAGUCCAAUUGUAUGGCCCCAGGACUACAAUGAGUACAUUGCAAACUGAACCUUCAAACGAUAUAAUUAGCAGUGCUGCAGAAAUCAAGAAAAGGAACAGAGAUGAUGAAUUCUCUACAAUCUCGAUGUCGCAGUUCUCUGUUUUGCGGUGAAUGAAUUCCGUGAUACACUGGAUCUAGACCUGAACGUUUUCAAAAUUGAUGGGCAUUGAUGAAAUAUAUAGACUUCAAUGGAAUUUCCAGCUAAUCGAGUCUAUCUAAUGACGUCACCAACUACUGAGUCACUUUCURCUCAUUUUGUUUCAUUAACUUUCAGUAUCUGGUUUUAAUAAGUCCCUUUCGUCUCCCUUCUGGCAAUCAGUUCAAUCUUCCAUUGUGCGAAUCCGAAACGGUUAUAGGCGCAAAGUUGAUUGUACAAAUUAGUCCGUCCUUCUAGAUAAAGACCCACAGAUUUG